AUGUUACGAACAUCAAACAAUCAUAAACAUAAAUCAAAUGGAUAUUUAAAUAUUCCUUUUAUUUUUUGUGGAUCAUUUAAGACACGAUCAACAAAAACAACAACAAUAAAGGAUCAUCAUCUUUUUUAUUCAAAUGAAAUAGAAUUAGGAUUAUUUAAUUCUCAUCAAACAAAAUUUAAUUAUUAUGCACAAGAAAGUGUUGAUUGUUUUUCACAUUUUGUUCAUUUACCUAAUGUAACAGCAUGUCCAAAUGUGAUGAAUCUUAUAAUUAGUAGUGAAUAUUUACUUUUAUCAGAAUUAAUCGAUAAUGAAUUUCUUAUUCCAAUUUUCAAGCAAAUUAAAAUAAUCGAAUCAAUAACAAAUAAUAUUUAUUUUCCUUUAAAUUGUGCAUCACAAUUUCUUGAACGUUUUCCAUCACUUAGUCAUAUUGAACUUCAAGUGUGCUUAUUUGAUGAUUAUGUACAUCUUAUUGAGAUAUUUAUUAUUCAUUUAACAAAUUUAUCUGAUCUUAACAUUAAUUAUAGACAGGAUACAUUACUCGAUGAUUCUGUUACAUGUGAUUAUCUUAUUAAAAAACGUCGUCAAACAUUUCCUAAUCAUAUUCUCAAUGAACAAAGAAUUAAUGCUAAAAAUAAUGGAAAAACUAUAGAAAUUUGGUUAUUAUGA